AUGGGGCCGAGCGAUUUCUGGAAUGCAGAACAGGUCGAGAAAGUCUUCUUGCCUGAAUGUGAAGCUAUCAUAAGAAAUGAGAUCAAGGGAGUGGAUCAGGUUUACAUUUUUGACUGGAAGCUAAGGAAGAAGAAAAGCGAAAAAGACCGGCAAGCUAAAAACAGAAAAUUGCUCAGUCGAGCUCGACAAGUCCAUGUAGACACCCUCCUAACUGUAGAUCAACCCCAAACACCCACGAUGGAACGCAUUCGCAGCCAUCUCCCUGAACAGGCCCAGCACCUUCUAUCCGGCCAAGUGCAAAUGGUAAAGUGA